AUGGCGUCCAGUGCCUCUCGGUUCAUCAAGUGCGUCACGGUCGGCGACGGCGCCGUGGGCAAGACAUGUAUGCUCAUCUGCUACACCAGCAACAAGUUCCCCACUGAUUACAUACCUACGGUGUUCGACAAUUUCAGCGCAAAUGUAGUUGUGGAUGGCACCACGGUGAAUUUGGGUCUUUGGGAUACCGCUGGGCAGGAAGAUUACAACCGGCUGAGGCCUCUAAGCUACCGAGGUGCCGAUGUUUUCGUGCUUGCAUUCUCACUUGUGAGCCGAGCUAGCUAUGAGAAUAUCAUGAAGAAGUGGAUACCGGAGCUUCAGCAUUAUGCACCUGGGGUGCCUGUUGUGUUGGUAGGCACAAAAUUGGAUCUUCGUGAAGACAAGCACUACUUGAUGGACCAUCCUGGAUUGGUGCCUGUUACCACAGCACAUGGGGAGGAACUUCGUAGACAAAUUGGUGCUAUGUAUUACAUCGAGUGCAGUUCAAAGACGCAGCAGAAUGUCAAAGCUGUGUUCGAUGCUGCCAUCAAGGUAGUAAUCCAGCCUCCAACUAAAUUAAGAGAAAAGAAGAAAAAAAAAUCACGCAAAGGAUGUUCAAUGGAACCUCUUCUGUGGAAGAAAAAUGCUAUGCUUCAAGUCCUGAAUGGUCGAAGGGGGUCUUACAUGAACUAA